AUGAAAAACAUCCCUUACUCUAAUGUCAUAGGAUCGGUGAUGUAUGCCAUGAUUAGCACUAGGCCUGAUUUGUCAUUUGCCAUAUCAUUGCUAAGUAGAUUUAUGUCCAAUCCUGGAAUGGAACACUUGAUUGCUCUAAAAUGGAUGCUGAGGUACAUUAACAACACUGUACAUGUUGGCUUAGACUUUUGUAAAAGAAACACCUCACUUGAUCUGGUUGGGUAUGCAGGUUUUGACUUUGCAGGUGAUAGAGACACAAGAAAGUCUACAACAACCUACUGUUUCACUCUUGGGGGUAAUUGUUUAAGUUGGAAGUCACAAUUACAACCCUUGGUUGCAUUGUCCACAACCGAGGCUGAAUAUGUAGCCAUGACUGACACAUUCAAGGAAGCUAUAUGGCUUCAAGGGAUCUUGAAAGAACCUACUGGAUGGACUUGUGACGGUAUACUCAGAUAG